UUACUGCACAGUAGUGACAGAGAGCUUCACUUUGUUGUGCAUCUCUCUGUCAGGGGUUUUGCAGCUCAGUCUCUGGAUCUCUUCACUCUUCCCACAAGGAAAAGAGACCGUAUCUGUGAAAUGAGUCUACGAUUUUUCUGCAGGAAAUUGCCAGCUGGCUCGAUGUUCGGUUUCUUUGUGUUUCUACUUCCACCUGUUUUCACACAAAGUAACCCAAUUCAGAUUUAUUUUUUGGAUGAGGGAGACGAUGUUUCAUUGAAAGGACCAGACGAUCCUGGAGAUGGUCCUGUUGUCUGGGAAUGGAAACCACACUCAGGGCAAGAAGCCCAGCAGCUGGUUACUUUUCACAAAAGCAGCCAGUGGGAUGGAGAAUGGAAUGAACACUUUAUAAACAGCGAAUUGUACCAGAACAUAGAGAAGAAUCGUGGUGGCAUUAAUCUGAGAAUUAGAAAUCCGACAUUUAAUUUUUCAGGAUCGUUCAUCUUGACUCAAACACAGCCAACACAUAAGAUCCUUCUGAAAUGGUAUGAAGUGUCUGGGAUCAAAGAUUUAUUAUGGAAGAGUUACACGCUUUAUCGAUCAGAAACAUUUCACAGUGAACUCCGCCUGAUUUGUUAUUAUUAUCAUAAUGUUGCUCACUCUUAUGAAUAUGCUGAAUGGUUUUGGAAGUCACAUCUUCAAAAUCUGGAGAUAAAAAUAGCAUUUGCAAGGAAACCUCAGCUCAUCAAAGUAGGCAGCAUCUACUUUGAGAAUCGGCUGGUCCCCACAGUCACAACUUUUAACGGUGUGAACUUCAAUAUGAGGAUUGCCCCUAUACUGUUUGAAGAUGCUGGGGUUUACAGAUGUAUGUUGGGGACGUAUAAAUAUGUGACCAUUACACUAAUCACGGUUAAAGUGACAGCUGAACCAUCUGAUGCAGUGAUUGAGGGAGACACCGUUACCCUGACCUGCUCUGUCUCUGAUGUCACUGAAACAAUGAGACUUGUUUGGAUCAAUAGUGAUGGCAAAUCUGUUGUAGAGAAAACAUUGAAGGAACAGAGACAGGAACAGGGUUUGUUACAGCUGAUUAUUCAGAAUGCCGACCGAGACAGAAGGAACUGGACAUGUGUUUUGUUUCAUCAAAACAUUCCAAAGGUUUUAAUUUCACAUUAUCUGAAAGUUAACAGAAACUCAAAUCACGUUUAUUUUUUGGAUGAAGGAGAUGAUAUUUCAUUAUACGGACCAGACAAUCCUGGGGAUGGUCCUGUUGUCUGGAAAUGGAAACCACACUCAGGGCAAGAAAUCCAACAGCUGGUUACUUUUCACAAAAUGUGGUUGGGCUGGUGGGAUGCAGAAUGGAGCAAACAAUUUAGAUACAAUGACUUGUACCAGAAGAUAGAGCAGGAACCUGGUAGCAUUAAUCUGAGAAUUAGAAACCCGGAAAUUAAAUUUUCUGGAUUGUUCAUCUUGACUCAAACACAGCCAGGACAUAAAAUCUUGAAAUGUUAUGAAGUAUUUGGGAUCAAAGUUGAAGCAAGUCCACAGCGGCCUCUGGUGGGCAGUGACAUCAAUCUCAGUUGUACCAUCUCCAGACUCUCAGAUACAGUCAGCCUUCACUGGAAACAGAGGGGCCCAUCUCAGCAGAACAGGAGGAAAACUGAUCAGAUCCGACUAAAUAACACAGCCUAUCUGAUAGUCAAACAUGUUACAGUAGAGGAUGGGAAGUUGUAUGAGUGUGAAGUGAAGGAAAAUGGAUCCAUUGUUAUCACAGGAAAUGCAGAUUUUCCUGUGGACAAAAAUAUAUUUGAGAAGAAUUACACCCUUUAUAGAUCAGGCACAGGUCACAGUGAACUCUAUCUGAUUUGCUAUGAUUAUUAUGAUAAUUCCCUUCCGUCUCACAACACUGCUGCAUGGAGUUGGAGGUCACAACAUCUUCAAAAUCACGAGAAAGAAAUAGCAUCUGCAUCAAAAUCUCAGCCCAUCGAUGUAAACAGGAACCACUUUGGGAAUCGACUGGUCCCCACAGAGACAAAUUUUAAUGGUGCGAACUUCAGUGUGAGGAUUUUCCCUGUUCUGUUUGAAGAUGCUGGAGUUUACACAUGUUCUCCGGGACCAUAUAAAAUGGAGACCAUUAAACUAAUCACAGUUAAAGUGACAGCUGAACCAUCUGAUGCAGUGACUGAGGGAGACACCGUUACCCUGACCUGCUCUGUCUCUGAUGUCACUGAAUCAAUGAGACUUGUUUGGAUCGAUAGUGAUGGCAAAACUGUUGUAGAGAAAACAUUGAACAGACAGAAUAGGAAAGAGAAAUCAUUGAAACUGAUUGUUCAGAAAGCUGAGAGAGGCAGAGGGAAGUGGAUUUGUGUUUUGUUUCAUCAAAACAAGCCCCAGGUUUCUGCUCCAUACUAUCUGGAACCCAGCGGAAGCUGGAAUGAUAUAUAUUUUUUCCAUCAGGAAGGGAGCUUUGUUUUGAAAGGACCAGACAAUCCUGGAAAUGGCUCCAUUGUCUGGGAAUGGAGACCACAUUCAGGGCAACAAACUACAAAACAAUUCGGAACAUUUCACAGACAAGACCAGCGGUGGGCUGUACAAUGGAGUGAUGGGUACAAUAAUAUACCAGACAUUUCUCAGAGGAUCCGUGAGGACUGGGGUACCCUUAACCUGAGAAUCAGAAACCUCCCCUUUGAACUUGCGGGAUUGUUCACCUGGAGCCAGACACAGCCCAGUAAGAAGAUCCUGAAGCAGUAUGAAGUAAUUGGGAUCAAAGUUGAGACCGAUUCCCAGAUGCCUGUAAUGGGCAGUGACAUCACCCUCAGUUGUACAAUCUCCAGACUCUCAGAUACAGUCAAUCUUCACUGGAAACAGAGAGGCUCAUCUCAGCAGAACGGGAGGAAGAACACUGAUGAGAUCCAUCUGAAUAACACUGUCUAUCUGAUAGUCAGACAUGUUGGAGCAGGAAAUCAGAAUCUGUAUACAUGGGAAGUGCAGGAAAAUAACUCCAUUGUUCUCACUGGAAACACAAAUGUUGAUGUGGAUUGGGAUUUACACAAUAAGAAAUAUACACUUUAUCGGUCAAGCACAGAUCAUAGUGAACUCGACCUGAUUUGUGAAGCUCAUUCUGAAUCCACUAAAACUAAAUGGACCUGGUCAUCACGUUAUUUUCAGAAUCAAGACAAAGAAAUAGCUUCUGCUUACAAAUCUCAGUCCAUUGAUCUAAACAGGACCUACUUUGGGAAGCGUCUGGCCCCCACAAAGACAAAUUUUAAUGGCAAGAAUUUCAGUGUGAGGAUUGUCCCUGUUCUGUUUGAAGAUGCUGGAGUUUACACAUGUAUUUCGGGGAAAUAUAAAAUGGUGACCAUUAAACUAAUCACAGUUAAAGUGACAGCUGAACCAUCUGAUGCAGUGACUGAGGGAGACACCAUUACCCUGACCUGCUCUGUCUCUGAAGCCACUGAAUCAAUGAGAAUUGUUUGGAUCAGUAGUGAUGGCAAAACUGUUGUAGAGAAAACAUUGAAGGAAGAGAAACAGGAACAGGGUUUGUUACAGCUGAUUAUUCAGAAUGCUGACCAAGACAGAAGGAACUGGACAUGUGUUUUGUUUCAUCAAAACACCCCCAAGAUUUUAAUUCCAUAUUAUCUGAAGGUUAACGGUGAUUACAUUUUUAAACGUACCAAUGUAGUUAUUUUUGUGAGUCUGGCUCUUCUCCUCAUCAUUAUCCUGGCAGUGGUGCUGUAUCUAAGAAGGUUCAAAUUUCCAGGUUUGGAAAAUCAAAGGCAGAAGAAAUCUCCGCAACCAGGGGAAAAUAUCGAAGGCGCAGAAGGAGAAGCUAUUCACUAUGGAUCGGUCGUUUUUCAGAAAAAAGCACCAGGUAGUGAAGUCAAACAUUGCAAUUUUUUUGUGUUUUUCGUCAUUUUUGUAUUCUUCAAGACUAGGAAUGUUGGUGUUGGGAAUAUGAUCCCAGUCGUAGACGAGGUUUCCAAAAAAAAUGCUAAGGUCGCUUGCCCUUUUUGCUUGCCUGCCAACUGUAACAUUGGACAAGCAGAAAAACAUUUAAGUUCAUUGAUUGUUUAA